UCAACCAGAGCGGCGGAUGUUGAUUCCCAGCGACGUCUAAGCGCAAUCAGAGGGCUCACUCUCUUUCCGCCGGUCGCUCCCCAGAGUCGUCGUCGGAUGUUAACCUGGUUGGUUCAAUGGAUUGGACGGAAGUAGAAUGUGGAGUUCAACUUGCUGCAACUAUGGUACGGUCUCCUACUGUGAUGCUCCUCGAUGCCAAACAUUUUGCUAUGAUGCGGAUCAUACCUCUGUUGCAUAUGGAAGAUUCUCCGAUGGUGGUGAAGGCCUCGACAUUGAGGUUUUUAGCCGAUGCUGCCCAUCAAGGCCGUGUCUCUACAGCUUGGAGAGAAAAUGUCAUAGUAGUAUCGUUUAGAAUGCUGAAUGAGGAAUCUGACUGAUUCCAAUCAUACGCAGCCAUAUGUCUGGAAGUUUUGUUCAAGGAUAAGGAUAACAUCAACGGUCAUGGUGAAGCUUCGGUCAAUUUGUAUGUGGCUUUUUGAAAAUCCCAGUAUAAUCCAUAUAUACUGGGAUGCAUCUACCAGAUUAUGUUGGUUUGUGAAAUCAGCGAUGAAGAGAGAUUGAUUCAUCUUCUGGAUAUGUUUAAAGAUCUGGUUUCAUGUCCCAUCACAGAGGAGCACAACUUCCAUGUGCUCAGUGAGGUUAUACAGAAACUGGACUACGACGUGAUUGCACCUUACAUGGGAAACAUUUGGAUUGCUCUUUUUACCGCCUACGAAGACCAAACUCCAGUCGACUUUGAGAAAGCUACAGUGAUCUAAAUGUCUAUUUUCUUGGUCUUCCAUGGAACAGAUCAACUUGUGGACUAUGUCGAUUCCGUUACUCUGGUUGCCUUCAUUGCUUUUCUGACGGACUGCUGGGCUCCUAGUCUGAAGCUGAUCACUGAGACCAACGAGAUCAUACUAACCACAGCUGCUUCCACGAGUCUGAUUUUUAAAUCUCAAGCUCUUCUGGAUCGAUCAACAGAUAAGCUCUGUGGCGAGAUGCUGGAUGUUAUAUUCCAACUUGUUUCAAACAAUGAACAGCUACUCUCACAGAGUUUCGCUGCUGCCAUGACAGGAAAGGAUCCUCUCACAGACAUUAAAGAUCUGUUGCACUCCUUGUGUAAUUCUUUGUCGAUGGUUUCUCCUCAAUACACUACCAGGUACAAAGAGAUUAUUGACAAGUACCUCUGUCAAGACAAACGCGCAUACUUGAGCAAGCUGUGUGCUCGGUACAACUGUGAAUUUUUCAAAGAGGAAGGGGUCAAUGGAGAUGGAGAGACAACAGAGCAACUCUCAUAUUUCUCACAUUCAUAUUAAAAAAUGUCACUCCAAAUGACAUCUCAUUAGUUUUGCAUCCAUAUUACAUAUAUAAUUGCCAUGAGAGUGUAAUUUUUGUUCACAUACUUUUUUUUCUU